AGCUGCGUUGCCACCUCUCUCUUGCAUUCUCCAUUUCAAGCGGCAUCGGCAUCUUUUUUUUGUCUCCUGAUUUGAUUUCUUUCUAUUAAUUCCUCUCCAUAGUCGAAUGACGAGCCCCCUCUACUCCUAUAACGGCAGCAGAGACUUCGGCUCCCCGUCUGCAACACUAGGCGGCCCCCACGCGGGCAUUGGGUGGGCUGAUGCAUCGGUAAACAACGCCUUCGAUUUGCAGGACGAGGUCGUGAACGGCGCCCUCAAGAAUCACAGCAGUCAUGACUCCUUCAGUUUUGCGCCGGAGGUUCAGCAACGGACACGGCCUCCGUCUCUCUCGACACCGGCAAGAGUAAACGCUGGAGAGGGUGCGUUGUACCGGAAGGCGAUGCCGGUUAGCCAGAUCGGCGGUGGAGAUGGGCCGCAGAGAUCACGUGAUGACCUUCGCCUCAGCGUUGAUGCCCUGCAGCCCACCGAGUCCGACUCUCCGCUUGCCUCACCAAAACUGGGCACCGGCCACCGUGAGCGAAGCGCAGACCGCUACGCGUACUACGGGCUGCUGAGCGUGGCGUCACCGACGAGUGAGGUCGGCUACCGUAGUGACGAUGACAGACUGCCUUUUCUGUCCAGCGGAUCUGUCCAGCGCGGAGCUGCACGGGGCGACUCCGCAUCGUUUGGAUACGGCAGCGGAAGCGCGCAGCACACGACCACGUCCCCCCUCCCGAGCGCGUAUUCGACUUUCACCCGCAUUGAUGGAGCAUUCACAGCAGGGAAGAACUUCAACGACUUUGCCGAGGUGAGUCGACACGGCAGUGCACCAUCGGCGCCUCCGCCACUGCGUAGCACGAAUAGGGACGGGCACAUGGGCACACUCGACGGACAAGGUUCCCUCUACGGUGAAGUAGAGCCGCUGCCCCUUCUCAAAGGCUCCAUUGAAAACAAGACCGCAUCAAGGCGAACUUCGUACGGUAAGGAUGCGGCGCGGCUCAACAGAUCGGGAGCCGCCGCACCAGGCAGUCGCUCGACCACGCUUUCAGGUCUACCGGAGUCACCAGAGGCAGCACACACCGUCACACACAGGCACACGCACUUUCACGGCGCGACCGGUGGUGGGGUCGACAAGAACUCGCAGCGCAAGGAUGCUGGCGCAUCGCUUCGCGCAUCGACUUCAAUUCGAAGCGUGUCCUCCAUCUCCAGGUGCACGCAGAGUGAUGGUGACCUGCGCUGGCGCUCGCGCAGCCGCAAUACGGAUCGUGGCAGCCCGGAUGCGCCGCUCGGGUCGUCGCCGGAGCGCCUCAGCCGCGCUUCCUCCGCGCCGUCGCCCGUCACGGACGAGGACAACGAGUACUUCCUCUUUGGACUGACGCAGAUGCCGUCGGUGCGGCCGUGCGGGACGACGACGGCAAGUCGGAGUCCGGUGCGCAUGAAGGGUGUGGUGGAGGCGAGCACGAGUGUCACCAGUCGGUUUAAGGCGUUUAGUAAAGCACCGUCGGCGCCACCACGGCAGAAGCCCGCCACUGCGAAGGAAAGCAAUGCUCCGUCCUACGCCGUCGCGGACUCGCCUGCGGCGGCGCACCCCUCGUACGACUUAAGUUUCAUUCAUGGCUUUGGUGACGGCGAAGAGGGCGGCAACGGUGCGGGGCGGGAAGAGGAGUAUCCGUUCGACUACAGCACCCUCGCGCAGCCUCCUCCAACACAGCAGAGCAAUGAAAUUGUUCCGCACGACUCCGGUGAUGACGUUCUCAAAGACGGAGACUACGGCGAUUUGAUGGGUGCGGCUGCUGCGGUGCCCGUGGAGAGGACUAAGACGCCGUCAACAACGCAGCAGCCGUCCUCCUCCUUAAGAGCUCAACCGAAAACGAAUGGCACGCACAUGCCGGCACCGCAGCCCGCGACUCGCAAACCCGCCGCCGGUCUCAGCACCUUUCGGCCUCUUUCUGUGGCGACCGGGGGGACACCCACCUCCACCGCACCGGCGCCUCUCGAGAGGCGAACCUCCCCUUUUGAACCGGUCCCCAUGACGACCUCCGCCAUGAGCGCCAGUGGCCGGCGCUUCUCCUUCGACGGGCCGAAAAGCGAGAGUGCCGGCAGCAGCACCAAUCAGCAAGGUCACCUGUCGCAGUUAUCCCCCCCUCUCUCCAAUGAGAAGUCCGGGUCCAUACGCAGCCCCGUGGGGGCGGAGAAGAGCUUCGAGUCGCCGCCGUCGCUCUCGUGGUCGACCUCGACGCGGACGCCGCGGCCACCGUCGCAACACGCAGGAAACUCCACCGUCGCCGCGGCGAUGGGGGAUGUCGUAAAAGCAGAGGCGGACACCGCGCCUUCUGCGGCGCCCACCGCUUCCCUUGGCACCGCGACGACGACGCUGUCAGACAUCAAGAGCGGUGGGGCGGAUGGCGGGAUGCUCCCUCCGAUCGUACCCGCUAGUCGCAGAUCAGCCCAGCGCCCCUCUACCACCCGCAGCACCACACCGCCUGCAAAGUUGCCUUCGCCGUCGCAUCAUCGCGUGCCCCACGCAACGGCCAGCGAUGCAGCCACCAAACCCGCUGCGCUGACGGACGCCUCCCUCUCGCCCAUCGCCAGCGACAACGACUCCGUCGACUCCAUCGGCGCCAACGAGCAAAACGCGCUUCUCCACAACGCCCUCCGCCAGGCGCACGGCGGCGUGCUCAUCCGCACCACAGUAGCCGAGGCGGACCUCCUGCCCUCGCAGAACGAACCGUGGCCCCUGCGACCGCCUCCUCCAGGGAUUAUGAUCACACAUCGCGUGUUUGAUCCGCAGCACCCGCGUCCGCGCCGGCCCAAGAUGCGCGAGCUGCCCGGCGGCAAGCGUCAAGCGAAUUGGGCUCCGCCAGAAACGCACUACUCCACCACCUUGGCCGACCUCGCCGCGUACGAAGAUGAGGAGGACUUGGCAGCAGCCGAAGAUGAGGAGGCGGGGGCAGAACAGGCACGGCUGCGUGCGAUUCAGGACUUCGAGGACGAUAUUUGGGCCGGGGAAGAUGCGCGGAUGCCCAAUCUUUCCUUGCCUGCCGAGGCUUCGCCGGAUACCACGGCCGCCGCAGCGAGUGCGAGUGCGAGCGCGAGCUCACCGCUGCGGCCACUGCUGCAAGCCGUCCCUCUCUCACACAGUCCCAGCAGGGCGCCCUCCCUCCAUUCGAGUGAAUUGAGCAGCUCUCACAAGUCGAAGUCACCCGUGAUGCGUGCCUUCACACCACCGCCUACGGCGGCGGCUGCCUCGCCUUCUCUAAAUGUGUUACAGCAUGCAAUGGACGGUUCUUUCAGCGCCUCCGUCAACCCAACCAAACUCCACGGCGGCAUCGUGGUGGAUGAGGUGGAGAAGGUGCGGCGCAUGCGCGAGGAUGCCGUCUUUACGCCCGCUCUGGACGACGUCGACUCCAUAACGCUUCGCCAGACGCCGCUGUCGGUCAGCGCGAAGGCCGGCUCGUCACGUGCGUCGUGCAGCCUUCUUCAGGCGGAUGUAUCAUCGAGCCCUGCUCAAAGCAAAUCGCCGGUGCUCGUCCCGCGUGGCUUCAAUCAACGCCCCAUGAGUCCGGUAAAGGGUGAAGAGGCGCCUAACAAUACCAACGACAAUAAAACUCUCAGCACCUCCGGCUCGAACCGCGUUGCUGUGGGUCGGCCGAGCUCGUUGUCAGAGAACAAUCGGCACUCGUCGCAUUCAGUGCGCAGCGACUCCGUUUUGACGGACUCCAACGGCAACUCGGUCCUCCCGCGUAGCACCGCGAUGCCAACCUUCGCACGCAUCAUUUCUCAGCGCUCCGAUGGAGGUGGCGGUGGUGAUGAGAGUAGCGCCAACCGUCGAGGUCCACCUGGUUCACCCGGCCCGAGCCCCCGAAGCACCAGCCGAGACAGCCUUUUUAGUGAGUCGACUGAUCGAAAAUCGGCAGUUACCUUUGCCGAGGAUGAGCCGGAGAGCAACUCCAUGCGCCGACGGUAG